UCCCUAGCUCCUGUCACGCACGACGACGGCCAUAAUUAGUAAACCCCCGGCCCCUCCGCCAGCAUCCCAUCCAUCCAAGCUAGGAGCGGCGGCACGGGUGCUUGCGAUCGUGGUGGAGAGCAUAUCGAUCGGCUGAUCGAUGGACGGCCUCCACACGGAGCUCGCGCUGGGGCUGAUCGGGUGCGGCGGCGACCACCUCCAGACGGCGCCGUUCGUGGCCAAGACCUACCAGAUGGUGUGCGAGCCGAGGACGGACGCGCUCGUGCGGUGGGGGAGGGACAACAACAGCUUCCUCGUCGUUGACCCCGCCGGCUUCUCGCAGGUCCUCCUCCCCUGCUUCUUCAAGCACACCAACUUCUCCAGUUUCGUGCGCCAGCUCAACACCUAUGGGUUCCGGAAGGUGCACCCGGACCGGUGGGAGUUCGCGCACGAGUCGUUCCUGCGCGGCCAGACGCACCUGCUGCCGCGCAUCGUGCGCCGCAAGAAGCGCGGCGAGGGAGGUGGUGCCUCCUGCUCCGCCUCCGGCGAGCAGUACGGCGGCGGUGAGGAUCAGCAGGAGGGGGAGGAGGAGAGGGAGGCCCUGCUCGAGGAGGUGCAGAGGCUGCGGCAGGAGCAAGCGGCCAUCGGGGAGGACCUGGCGCAGAUGAGCCGGCGCCUGCAGGCCACGGAGCGGCGGCCUGACCAACUCAUGUCCUUCCUCGCCAGGCUCGCCGAGGACCCCGGUGGCAUCACCGACCACCUCAUCGAGAAGGCCGCCGAGAAGAAGCGCCGGCGAAUGAACCUCCAGCAGCAUCGUCCCACCGCCUCCCCACUCCCGCCGGCGCCACGGUCACCACCCCCGCCGCUGCUGGCCCUCGGCAGCGCGGCCAUGAACUGCGACGACUGGCUAAGGGCGGAGCAGAAGCCAGAGAUAGUACUCCCCUCCUCCUUCGAUCCCACCGCUAGCUGCGGGGUGAAGCAGGUGGCGGACUUCGCGGGCGGCGCCGGUGCCGGUGCCACGGGCCUCGCUACUGGCGACAACAGCGCAGUGGAGACGCCCUUCCCGUUCUGCCUACUCGGACAGUGUUUCUUUUAACCUGAUGAAUCAUGCACAUGCACGUUCUACGAACUUGUACUUACUGAUUCAGUUCUCCUACUCCUCAAGACAUGCGAUUCUGCA